UCCUUUUCCUAACCAUCAGUGAAUGAUUCGGAUCUUUACCAAUAAGAUCUUUCAUCUCUUCUUGUCGGAUCCGUAUUUUUCUCGCUUGGAUAAAUCAUUUUUUUAGUGAACUUUGAAACGAAACUUCAAAUUUUAAAAUUAAAGUGUCUUAAGGUGCUUUUUUUUAGAAAUUAAUUUUUUUUUAGUAUAAUCACUUUUUUUCUUCUUCGUGUUUUAAUAUUCAACAAGUUUGGCUGGCGAGAUAACAAAACUUUAUUCACAAAGUUUUUCUAACAAUCCAAGAAAAGGAUUUGAAGUUGUGUCAGAUGAAGAAAUUCGUGGGAGAAGAUAGCUGGAAAAAAAACGAAAAAGAAUAUCAACAUCAAUUUCCAAAAUAUGAAUAUUUAGGGAAAAAAACAUUUUGCCGAGAAAUAGUUAGAAUUUGGCAAUAAAACGGUGCAUAGACAAUGAAUUCCAGUAAGAUAAGAUAUUAUUAUAAAAUAAUCUUUGAAUUCACUUUUUUUUAAAUAAAAUAAUUCAACAAUGUGCAGAAAAAAUGUAAAAGAUAUGUGUACAAAGUUUGAAACUUUUUAAAUCUAGAUCUCAAUGAUUAUUUUAAUUCGCAUUUAUUUAUUUUAUUUAUUUACAAUACAUUACAAAAUUCGAAAUAUUGACACUAGAUAUUAUUUGUCAUCUACAUUAAAACACUUUGUGGAUUUUGCAACCAAAUAUCUCAACUAAAACUUAGAAGAUUUUAGCAGCAAUUGUAUAGUGGAAAAAAAUUAAUGAAUACAAUUGCUCUAUUCUUAAAACGUAAUUCUACGCUAAAUAAAUGUUUUUAAAAUUCCCUCAUACCUUUGAAAAACAGUAUUUAAUUUUACUUGAGAACUCCAUAAAGUUUCGAAUUUCUUAUUGCAUCAAUGAUUUCUAUGGCAGCACAUUUUAAAAAAGGAAAUUCUUUUAACACCUAUAACCACGUGAAACAUUGUCUCAAUAUACAAAACUCUAUUCAGAAACUUCCAGUUAGAACACUACUCGAACUCCUCAAUGCUCAUAAAAAUUCAUUGGUAUCUAAUGCUGAAGUCUACCUGAAAAGUUAUUACUGCUCAGAUUUAAAAACGCCAUCUCAAAUUAUAAAAGUUAAUUUGGCUGGAAAUUCUACCGGGAAGUUUUUUAGCUUAAAAACUGAAAUGGAAGAUAAUUUGCAGUGCAUGCAAGAUUACGGAUCACUUUGAGCCACCAAUACUCCAAAAAUGCUACUAACGGAUUUAAGUACAAAUGAAACGCUACAGAAUAACGAAACUUUUGAUUCUGCAACAUUUUUUCCAGAAUCGUACUUUAGCUCAACUUUUUUCAAUCAAUCACUCCUGGAAAAUAAUUAUACCAUGUGCCAAAACAAUUCCCUCUGCAACGCUGAUAAACACGCUCCCACAUUCCAAUCUUACACUUUAGUCAAAGGCACUAUUCUACUCGUUUUGGGACUUUUGGCACUUUUUGGCAAUUUGGCUACUCUUGUGUCCAUCAUGAGACGCCGCAGACAGAAAACUUCAACAGUUUAUCUUUUGUUAGUGCACUUGUCUGUGGCUGAUUUAAUGGUCACAUGGUUUUGCAUAAUAGGGGAAGGCUUGUGGACACUUUCGGUCCAGUGGUACGCGGGUAAUGUCUCGUGCAAAGUGUUCAAGUUCUUUCAGAUGUUUGGAUUGUAUCUGUCCACUUUCAUUUUGGUGGUCAUCGGAUUUGAUAGACUUUGUGCUGUGAGAUUUCCCAUGCGCAGGAUCAAAGCUCGAUUGCAGGCUCAUAAAUCUGUUUUUGCAGCUUGGAUGUUGAGUGGGUGCCUAUCAUUUCCACAGGCACUAAUAUUUCGAGUUGUGAAAGGACCCUUUAUUGAAGAAUUUUAUCAAUGUGUCACAUACGGCUUUUAUACAGCAGCAUGGCAAGAACAGCUGUAUACUUCUGUUAGCUUGUUUUGUAUGUUUCUGAUACCACUCUGCAUUCUAGUGGCCACGUACGCAACUACGUUCGCAACCAUUGCAAAUUCCGGUAAAAAUCGUGUGUUCGGUGGCUCCCAAAAUCCAUUCGAUGAUGCCCGCCGCAAGAUUCUCCGGAAAGCAAAGGUCAAAUCCCUGUGGAUCACAGUGGUCAUUGUUUUAACUUUCAUCGUUUGCUGGACACCCUAUUACAUCAGCAUGAUCAUAUCUGUUUUCCUGGAUCCAGACGAACAACUUGAUCAGGAUCUGCAUGACGUCAUUUUCUUUUUCGGUAGCUCCACUGCUGUACUCAACCCUGUCAUUUACGGAGCUUUCCAUUUGAGAAAAAGUGAUAGACCACCAUCUAGUGGCAACAGCUCAAAAGUUGAAGUUUCAUUUGCUCUCUCUACUUACAGAAAAAUUCGCUCGGUGAGGACCAGUUCUGCUUCAUCUCAAUUCAAUGGAAGAAAACAUCAGUCAAUGAAUGUGGAGACUUACUAAUCACUCGUCACUGUAUCAAUCAUUCCAGUCUUUUUUCUCAGCCUGUUAUU